AUGCAUCUGGUGCAACAGCUCUUGCAACAGCACAAGGUGUUGGCGCGUGUACCGCGCCUCGUGAAGCGCACGAUACACCUGAAGAGGUGGAGCCCGUCCCAGCUUGCGCAUCGACCCAGGGCGGAGGCUGGCAAGGGGACGGAAUGCGCCGUUGCCGGUGGAGUUGGUGGUGGUGGUGGAGUUGGUGGUGGUGGAGUUUCCACCGGGACGCGUGGGUCGCGAGUCCCCGGCGACUCCCACCACCACAACAACAACAACCACCACCACCGCCACCACGUGCGCUACAUGCGCGCGCUGUACCGGCGGGAGGCGGACGAGGACGGGAGGCCGCGGGGCGGUCCCAGCGCCAUCCCCAGCAACACCGCGAGACUCAUCCCGCCCGCCCGGCUCGGCCGAGCCCCGGGGGACCCCGCGGCCACAGCCGAGGUGGUGACCUUUGACCUGCGUGCGGUGCCGCGUGGGGAGCUGGUCCUGCGCGCUGCCCUCGUGUACCCUGGGGACGCCCACGGCCGCUCCGCGUGCUCCCUGCGGAUGUUGCCGGGGAAUUUCGUCGGAGCGGACCACGGAGCUGCGGAGCCCGCGGAAGACCCAGAGGCCAGCGGCGGUGACCCCAGCCUGGACCCGAACUUAAACCCAAACCGAGAGAUGAUGCCAAGGCCCAGUGCAGACCCCAGCCGGAACCCUCAACCGAAACCCAAACCUGACCUGGACUCCAACCCAGAUCUUGCACAGAACCUCACCGCAAAUCCGACUCCGGACUCCAACCCAGACGUUCCACCGAAACUCAACGCCGAGGCCACUCCACUCUCCAACGGGGACCUCGUCUCAGACCACGAGCUGGAGGCUCCCGCGAGGGUGUCGCUGGGCGAGUGGUUCGAGGUGGACGUCACGGGGCCCGUGUCGCGCCUCUUGAACCACCCUGGCUCUUCGUCUCCCACCACCACCUCCUCCUCCCCGCUGCCGGCGCUCCGCGUGGCUUGGAGCUGCGCGCCCGUCCCACGUCGUGCUCCCGUGCCGCCGUUUCUCCUCAUAUACUCGAACGACCUCCUGGGGGUGGCGGCAGCGGCGCCGCCUCCGGCAGGAGAGGAAAAGUCUGAGGAGUUGGAGCUCCCCUCGCCGGGGUUCCUCGGGGAUAUCCCGGGGUCCCUGGAAGGGGACCACCACGACCACCACGACCACCACCCCGCCUGGCGUCUCGCGGGGAGCCGGGUUGGGCAAAGUGUUGACACCCUGUGGUGGAAGAAGCAGAAGAAGCUGAAGUCGUCGAUGUUUAACGAGGAGAAGAAGCGGAGGAGGAAGAUCGCGACGGUGACGGACACCGCCACCGCCUUGAAGCCGAGCUACCGAAGCGGGCCCUGGGCAUGCAGCAAGGGCCUCUGGUGGGCCCCGUGCCCCUCCGGGACGCCGCGGAGCGCCCCCGGGGCCGACGGCUCGAGAGCGAGGCGCAGGGUGGUGCGCUCGCUGCCCAAGGGGGUCAAUCCGCACGAGACCCCAAAUGGGCGUCAAACCUCCUCCACCUCGUCCACCUCGUCCUCCUCAUCCUCCCUGGCACCGUCACCCCAAAAGCAGCAGCAGCGGCAGCAGCAGCGGCAGCAGUGGCUGUCUGCGCGCGGCUACUCGGCCACCUACCGCCACGGCUGCCGCCUCCACAACCUGUCGGUGAACUUUGGCGACCUGGGCUGGGACCGGUGGAUCAUCGCGCCGCACCGCUACGAAGCGGGCUUCUGCCGCGGCGAGUGUGCGCGCGGCCUCCUGCACGCCCUGGGCGCGCCCAACCACGCCAUCGUGUGCACCAUCGUGGAGGAGGCCCGGCCCGGGCUAGGCGCGGGCAAGGCCUCGUGCGUGCCCUCGCACUACGGCGCCGUCAGCGUCCUCGUGCAAGAGCCUGGCGGCAGCAUCGCGUACAAGCUGUACGACGGCAUGACGGCGCUCGGAUGCACGUGUCGGUGA